CUUUGAGUACGAAAAAAUUGUGAACUAGAGAAGCUCCAAGAAUCCAUCAGCAUUAGCAGGUUUUCAGAACUUUCCUGUCCUUUUGAGACUCUACCUGCGUACUAAGUCAAAGACAGGAAAGAUAAAUAAUAGAACCUAAAGAAAAUAUUACCUAAAAUACUAGGAUCAAAAAUAUCUUAUUGUCCUUUUUAGGCCGUCUUCAGAUUCCUGGAUGACAACGCCAUGAAAUAGAAUAAACAUUAACUUCCAUAUCUGAAUCAUAUCCUUUUCCCUAUUACUUGACAAAAUUGUGAAUCACUUCAUUGUGUAUCUUUCAAAUCUCUAAAUACCAAUUUCUGUCACUACCAUGCAGUUCUGGAAUCUUUCUUCACCUACAUAUAUUAACCAUAAAGAAUUUGUUCAUGUUCAUCACCACCAAACAUAGAACCCAAAAGGAAGAGGACCUCCAAUGGUGAUUCAAGAAUUUAGAUAUUGUUACUUCUUUUAUUUUCAUAUAUAGUACCAAAAGGGACAGUGCCUGAAUUUUUCUUGGUGUUCAAGUUCUUUAAUAAUAACUUAAUAUACAGUCAUCAUGGCAGAACCUUUUACUAGAGAUGAGCUUGCAAGAUCGGUGAGAGAUGAGCUUGCAAGGUCAGUGAGGUCACUGAGCACAAGAUCAAUGAGCAGAAGUCUAUCAUCAGCAAGUAGAAGAAGUUGGGCUUCUGCUAGUAUUCGCGAAGUGUGGGGUACUCAAGGAGAUGUCUUUCGGAGGAGUCAGAGAGAGGAUGAUGAAGAAGAGUUGAAAUGGGCAGCAAUAGAGAGAUUACCAACAUAUGAUAGGUUAAGGAAAGGGAUGCUGAAGCAGGUUUUGGAUAAUGGAAGAAUUGACUAUGAGGAGAUUGAUGUUACUAAUCUUGGAAUGCAAGACAAGAAGCAACUCAUAGAAAGUAUACUUCAAGUCGUUGAAGAAGACAAUGAAAGGUUUCUUCAAAGGCUUAGAGAAAGAACUGACAGGGUUGGGAUUGAGAUACCUAAGAUUGAAGUUCGGUUUGAGCAUUUAUCAGUAGAAGGAGAUGCAUAUGUUGGAACAAGGGCACUUCCAACUCUAGUGAAUGCUGCCAUGAAUACAGCAGAGGGAAUUCUUGGAUUACUUAGAAUUUUUCCAUCUAACAAAAGGGUUGUCAAGAUACUCCAUGAUGUGAGUGGGAUAGUGAAACCAUCAAGAAUGACACUGCUUCUUGGACCUCCAGCAUCAGGCAAAACAACAUUGCUGCAGGCACUUGCUGGGAAGAUGGACAAGGAUCUACGAGUAACAGGAAGGGUCACUUACUGUGGUCAUGAAUUGCAUGAAUUUGUUCCGCAAAGAACAUGUGCUUAUAUCAGCCAGCAUGAUCUGCACCAUGGUGAGAUGACAGUCAGGGAGACGCUAGACUUUUCAGGGCGCUGCUUGGGUGUUGGAACUAGAUAUGAAAUGUUGGCAGAGUUGUCAAGAAGAGAAAUUGAAGCAGGAAUAAAGCCAGAUCCUGAGAUUGAUGCAUUCAUGAAAGCCACAGCAAUUGCAGGCCAAGAAGGCAGUCUAGUUACUGACUAUGUCCUCAAGAUUCUAGGAUUAGACAUCUGUGCUGAUAUUAUGGUGGGCGAUGGUAUGAGAAGAGGCAUUUCUGGUGGACAAAAGAAGCGUGUUACCACAGGAGAAAUGUUAGUUGGACCAGCUAAAGCUCUAUUCAUGGAUGAAAUAUCAACUGGUCUAGACAGUUCAACUACUUACCAAAUUGUCAGGUUUAUGAGGCAAAUGGUCCACAUAAUGGAAGUGACCAUGAUAAUCUCUCUUCUACAACCUGCACCUGAAACAUACGAUCUCUUUGAUGACAUUAUCCUACUUUCAGAGGGUCAGAUAAUUUACCAGGGUCCGCGAGAGAAUGUCCUUGAAUUCUUCGAAAGUGUUGGCUUCAGAUGCCCCGAAAGGAAAGGAGUUGCAGAUUUCUUACAAGAGGUAACUUCCAAGAAGGAUCAAGAACAGUACUGGUGCAGAAAAGGUCAAGCUUACAGAUAUAUCUCAGUGCCAGAGUUUUCACAGCGCUUCAGGUCCUUCCACAUUGGUCAGAGGCUCACUGAAGAGCUCAGAGUUCCCUACGAUAGAUCUAGUGCUCAUCCGGCUGCACUGGAGAAGAAGAAGUAUGGAAUCUCCAAUUGGGAACUCUUUAAAGCUUGCUUUGCAAGAGAGCUGCUAUUAAUGAAGCGAAACUCUUUUGUUUAUAUAUUCAAGACAACCCAGAUAACUAUCAUGUCACUAAUUGCCAUGACUGUGUUUCUGAGAACUGAAAUGAAGGUCGGUGGCAUACAAGAUGGAGGAAAAUUCUAUGGUGCCCUGUUCUUUAGUCUCAUCAAUGUUAUGUUCAAUGGCAUGGCAGAGAUGGCAAUGACUAUGUUCAGGCUUCCUGUCUUCUAUAAGCAGAGAGAUUUCUUGUUCUAUCCAGCAUGGGCUUUCGCAUUGCCAAUUUGGGUGCUUAGGAUCCCCAUCUCUUUAUUGGAGUCAGGAAUAUGGAUUCUCCUCACAUAUUACACUAUUGGGUUUGCUCCAGCUGCCAGUAGGUUUUUCAAACAAUUCCUAGCGUUCUUCAGUGUGCAUCAGAUGGCUCUAUCACUCUUCCGUUUCAUUGCUGCAAUUGGAAGAACAGAAGUUGUGGCAAACACACUUGGUACCUUCACGUUGCUCGUGGUCUUUGUCCUUGGUGGAUUCAUUGUUGCCAGAGAUGAUAUUGAGCCAUGGAUGAUCUGGGGCUACUAUAUUUCUCCUAUGAUGUAUGGGCAGAAUGCCAUAGUCAUCAAUGAAUUUCUUGAUGAAAGAUGGAGUGCUCCCAAUAACGAUCCAACAUUUUCUCAACCUACAGUUGGAAAGGUUCUUCUGAAAAUGAGAGGCAUGUUCUUGGAAGAAUACUGGUAUUGGAUAUCUGUUGCAGCACUUGUGGGCUUUUCUCUGCUUUUCAACAUCCUUUUCGUAUGGGCACUGACAUAUUUGGAUCCUUUGGGAGAUUCUAAAUCCAUUAUUCUGGAAGAUGACGAAAGUAAGAAGAAGAUGUCAUCUACUGGACACAAAACCAGGUCCACUGAAAUGACUUCGCUGUCAACUGCCCCAUUAUAUGAAGGUACUGAUGUGGCUGUGCAGAAUACUCCUGAAAGACCACCUGCUGCAGCCACAGAGCAUGCACCUAUGAAACGAGGAAUGGUGCUGCCCUUCCAGCCUUUGUCGCUAGCUUUUAGUCAUGUGAAUUACUAUGUUGAUAUGCCUGCUGAAAUGAAAAGUCAAGGCAUUGAAGAGGACCGCCUGCAGCUGUUGCGCGAUGUCAGUGGUGCUUUCAGGCCUGGUGUUCUAACAGCUCUUGUUGGUGUAAGUGGUGCUGGAAAGACCACCCUGAUGGAUGUCUUAGCAGGAAGAAAAACUGGAGGAUAUAUUGAGGGAAGUAUCAGCAUUUCUGGUUAUCCAAAGAAGCAAGAAACUUUUGCUCGGAUUAGCGGCUAUUGUGAGCAGAAUGAUAUCCAUUCUCCACAUGUUACCAUCUAUGAAUCCCUCCUGUAUUCUGCCUGGUUGCGUCUUUCUAAGGAAAUUAAGUCCGAAACUAGAAAGAUGUUUGUUGAGGAGGUCAUGGAGUUGGUCGAGCUGAACCUAUUGAGGAAUUCUAUAGUAGGUCUUCCAGGAGUAGAUGGUUUGUCAACUGAGCAGAGAAAGCGACUCACUAUAGCUGUAGAAUUGGUUGCUAAUCCAUCCAUCAUCUUCAUGGAUGAACCGACAUCCGGCCUUGAUGCUAGAGCUGCUGCAAUUGUUAUGCGUACAGUGAGGAACACAGUUGAUACAGGACGAACUGUUGUCUGCACAAUUCACCAACCAAGUAUUGAUAUUUUUGAAGCUUUCGAUGAGCUAUUGCUGAUGAAGAGAGGAGGGCAAGUCAAUUAUGCUGGACCCCUUGGUCGCCAGUCUCACAAACUUAUAGAAUACUUUGAAGCUGUCCCAGGCGUUCCUAAGAUUACGGUUGGUUAUAAUCCUGCUACAUGGAUGCUAGAAAUCAGUUCUGCAGCAGCAGAGGCUCAACUUGAUGUAGAUUUUGCAGAAAUAUAUGCCAAUUCUGAGCUAUUCCAGAGGAAUCAGGAACUUAUUGAAGAACUAAGUACUCCAGCACCAGGAGCUAAGGACCUUAAUUUCCCCACACAAUACUCUCAAGAUUUCUUCACUCAAUGCAAAGCUUGCUUCGUGAAACAGCAUUGGUCUUAUUGGAAGAACCCAAGAUACAAUGCUAUCCGACUGUUCAUGACAAUAGCAGUUGGUUUCAUAUUUGGACUUAUUUUUUGGGAUAAAGGACAAAAGACGCAAAAACAACAAGAUUUAAUGAAUUUGCUUGGAGCCAUGUAUUCUGCUGUCAUGUUCCUUGGAGCCACUAACACUUCCUCAGUAAUGUCUAUAGUAGCAGUAGAAAGAACAGUCUUCUACCGCGAGAGAGCAGCCGGAAUGUACUCAGAAUUGCCUUAUGCAUUUGCUCAGGUUGCCAUAGAGGCAAUUUAUGUUGCAAUCCAGACACUGGUUUACAGUUUAUUGCUAUACUCAAUGAUUGGGUUCCCAUGGAAAGCUGACAACUUCUUGUGGUUCUACUUCUUCAUAUUCAUGUGCUUUAUGUACUUCACAUUGUACGGAAUGAUGCUUGUCGCUCUCACUCCCGGACAUCAAAUUGCUGCCAUUGUUAUGUCUUUCUUCCUUAGCUUCUGGAACCUGUUCUCUGGCUUCCUCAUCCCUAGGACGGAAAUACCAAUAUGGUGGAGAUGGUACUACUGGGCUUCGCCAACAGCUUGGACAAUAUAUGGUCUGAUCACAUCUCAAGUGGGGAAAAUUUCUGAUAACGUUGAGAUACCUGGACAAGGUUUUAUUCCAGUUAAGGAAUUCCUGAAGGAAGCCUUAGGAUUUGAAUAUGACUUUCUUGGAGCAGUCGCUGCUGCCCAUAUUGGCUUCGUUCUCCUUUUCUUGUUUGUCUUUGCAUAUGGAAUCAAGUUCCUUAACUUCCAGAGAAGAUAGUUCCUAAAAAUUGUUGUGUCCAAAAAUUCAAGAUAGAUAAAAAAAAGAAAAAAAAAAGAAAAAGAAAAAUAUAGCAGCAUUUCUUGUUUAAUUCUUUAUCUUAUUUUAUAAAAUUUUUGAAGUCUGAAAGUCUGGAUUUAAGUUCCUAAUCAGUUUACUUGGCUUUUUGUACUA